CAAAUCUAUCAGCCUGUCUCUCGUUCUGUUCCCUCACCCGACUGAGAACUCCAUUCAGCCUCCUCUGAAUAUUGAGGCACUCUUUGCGACAAAUACGAGUGUGAUCACGUCGAUAUUUAGCGUUUAUUCAUCGUCCAGCGCAUGCGAAGGCCUUACGUCUCUGCCUCACUACCUACCACUACCGCCACAAUGGACGUGCCUGAGCCUGAGACGACACCCUUUGACGCGAUCACAGUACAAAGUAAUAAAUUACUGAGACAAUAUCAAACCUACCUCGACAAGUCGACUCCAUAUGUGACCUACCGAUGGUCUGGGACCGGAGCGCUCCUCGUGCUAUUCUUCCUGCGCAUCAUCAUCGCGCAGGGCUGGUACAUUGUCGCCUACUGUCUCGGCAUCUACCUGCUGAACUUGUUCCUCGCAUUCUUGCAGCCUAAAUUCGACCCCAGUUUGACGCAGGAUGAAGGGUUGGAGGACGGCGAGCCCUCUGGACUUCCCACAAAGCAAGAUGAUGAAUUCAGACCAUUUAUCAGAAGACUUCCCGAGUUCAAGUUUUGGCACGCCGCCACAAGAGCCGUAACCCUCUCUUUCUUCUGCAGCUGGUUCGAGAUUUUCAACCUGCCAGUCUUUUGGCCCGUCCUGGUCAUGUACUGGUUAAUUCUAUUUUUAUUGACGAUGAGACGACAAAUUCAGCAUAUGAUCAAAUACCGAUAUGUCCCAUUUUCCUUCGGCAAGGCUAAAUACUCUGGCAAGUGAAGGGGGGCACGAGGUAUUUUUGCCUCAAAACUGAAGCCCCGAAAAAAGGACUCUUGUAACAGACACACGGGAGCAAAAUUGACCUCACGCCAAAGGCAAACAAUGAGAUACUGCUGGAUGUACAAUAGAACAGGAUGUUUCCACCACACGAUUGAGAUUGACGACCAAUUUCUCACUAGACCUACUUAAUGUGGUUUUCUGGCGAUACGAUUUAAUCUAUUCGACAGCCGGAAGAGCUGGUCAAUCAACUUCGAUCCCGUCGAUAUUUCGAGUUCA